UUGCGCACGGCCGGCUAUUUCCUUGCUGCUAGUUUCUUUCCCUGUAUGUAACUCUCUCUCCAUAGACAGACAGCCACAGCCAGGCAGCCCCUCGUUUCAUUUAAAAUAUGUGUAUAAAAGGUGCAGACAGUUGAAAAUCUCUUCUCUCUUAUCCUUUUCCUAUUUACACACAAAAACAGUAAAAGUAAAAGCCAGAUUACAAUCUUUCUAGCUCUUUCCAUUUGAACCCAUCACAUUCAAUUCAAUACAUCGAUGAGUGUAUAGUGUCAUGACAGUUCCUUUCAUUGCAUGUAUUUUCAAUCGUGGGUAAUGGGUGUAUUUAUAAAAUCUUGAUUCUUUUUUGGUGGUGAAUCGUGAAGAAAGAUGAGGAGGCGACCGUCAGAGUACCGGCGCCCAGUUAGAAGGAGGCUAUCGCUGUGGAUCUUGGCGCUUCUCGGGAUGUUCGUGAUUGCAGGAUUGGUAUUGUUUGUGUUUCACCACAAUCACCAUGAAGAUCAGGUCAAGCAGCCAAUGAUGACGUCGAUGUUCUCAUCAUUUCUGUGGUUUGCACUUUACUCAGAAGUUAGAGACCAAGACGAGUGGCACACAGGUGAAAAUGCGACAAAAGAGCCUCUAAACCAUGAGAGUUUAAAUUUAACCAAGGAAAUAUUAAGGGCCAGUUCAUUUUCACGACAGUUGGCAGAACAAAUGACACUUGCCAAGGCUUAUGUCAUUAUAGCAAAGGAGCACAAUAAUCUUCAUCUUGCUUGGGAACUGAGUAAUAAGAUUAAGAGUUGCCAACUUUUGCUUUCUAAAGCUGCCAAGAGAGGGCAGUACAUAACAGUAGAAGAAGCUGAGCCGAUAAUCAGUAGCUUAUCAUAUCUAAUUUUCAAGGCACAAGACGCUCAUUAUGAUAUUUCAACCACCAUGAUGACAAUGAAAUCUCAUAUCCAAGCUCUAGAAGGGCGAACAAAUGCAGCAACAGUUCAAAGCACACUCUUUGGUCAGUUGGUGGCUGAGGCUUUGCCCAAAAGUCUCCAUUGCCUGAAAGUAAAGCUCACAAAUGACUGGCUUAAGCAGCCCCCCCUCCAAAACCAUGUGGAGGAAAAGAGAAAUUCCCCUCGAGUUAUUGACAAUAAUCUCUACCAUUUCUGCAUAUUUUCAGACAAUGUGCUUGCCACUUCUGUGGUGGUCAACUCCACAAUCUCCAAUGCUGACCAUCCAAAACAGCUUGUCUUCCACAUAGCGACGAUUGGAAUUAGCUAUGGAUCCAUGCAGGUUUGGUUUCUAACUAAUGACUUCAAAGGGGCCACCGUAGAAGUGCAGAAUAUAGAGGAGUUUACCUGGUUGAAUGCUUCUUAUGCUCCUGUUAUGAAACGGCUCCUUGAUAAAGAUUCAAGGACCUACUACUUUGGGGCAUAUCAAGAUAUGAAGGUUGAGCCAAAACUGCGGAACCCUAAGCACAUGUCUUUGCUCAAUCACCUCCGGUUUUACAUCCCUGAGGUCUAUCCACUUUUGGAAAAGGUUGUCUUCCUUGAUGAUGAUGUUGUUGUCCAGAAGGAUCUGACCCGGCUGUUUUCUUUGGAUUUGCAUGGGAAUGUCAAUGGAGCUGUGGAAACCUGUCUUGAAGCAUUUCAUCGAUAUUACAAGUAUAUCAAUUUCUCUAACCCAGUCAUCAGCUCAAAAUUCGACCCGCAGGCAUGUGGUUGGGCAUUUGGAAUGAAUGUUUUUGAUUUGAUUGCAUGGAGGAAGGAAAAUGUCACUGCUCGGUAUCAUUACUGGCAGGAACAGAAUGGUGAUCUCACGCUGUGGAAACUGGGAACACUCCCCCCUGCCCUUCUAGCAUUUUAUGGACUGACCGAGACGCUUGAUCGGAGAUGGCAUGUGUUAGGAUUGGGAUAUGACAUGAACAUUGAUGACAGGCUGAUUGACAGUGCUGCAGUUAUUCACUUUAGUGGGAACAUGAAACCAUGGUUGAAAUUGGCCAUUGGCAGAUACAAGCCUCUUUGGGAAAGGUACAUAAAUCAGAGCCACCCGUAUUACCAAGAUUGUGUCAUUAGUUGAAAUCUGCUACUUUUUUAUUAUUGAUAUUUAUGUGAUCUUCGAUGUUCUUAAACAGUUGACCUAGGAUCGCAUUGUUGUAGAGUCAGAAAUAGAAAAUUUUGGCUUUAUUAGGAGCUUUACCUUUUGUUUUUUAUAUAAUUUCUCUCUUUUAAUAUAAUUUCUUAAAAGAAAAGGAACGAGUUGUAUACUAAACAAAAUUUAAAUCUACUAGGGUAAGAACUGUGAAGGAUUCAAUUUUGGCUGAUGGGGUUUCCUUUCCUCUUCUGCAAGCUGCAGAACUAUUUGUUCCUCGGCAAUUCCUGUAAUAAAUUUUCAGCUCUUAUGAAUUAUAUUGUAAUUGGAUACAGACAUUUGAUAUGCUGACUUGUCAUAAUUUACGCGACUAUAUGUGGACUCUGUA